AUGAAUAAAAAAAAAAAACUUAGUGAUGUUGUUAAUAAAAAAUUACAAGAUAAGAUUAAGGAGAACAAAAAUAAUAAUGUUAAAGUACAUAAUGAAGCAAUGAAAUUAAUAAAUAAAGAAGUAAUAUUGGAUUAUAGUACUAAUAAAAUAGUAAAUGGUAAAUUUAUUUUAAACAAGUAUUUAAAUAUUAUUAGCUAUCUUACAAAAGAAAAUUUAAAUUUAAAAAAACAAAUAAAAAAAUAUGCCGAUGAGAAUAAUAAAAAAAAUGAUAUUAUCUUGCAAUAUGAAAACGAAAUAAAAAAUAAAAAUGAUAUCAUCGAUAAGAUAACAGAAAAUGUACAACUCGAUCUAUCAAAAAAAGAAGUAGAUAAUAUAGAUAAUAAAAAGAUUCACUCAAAAGAUAUUGUAAAUAUUUGUAAUGACCACCAUACAAUAGAACUAGAACAUGAUACCAUUGAGAAAAAAAACGAUAAGGAAUAUUUUCCUCAAAAUAAUAAACUUGAUAUAAAUAUAAAUCAAGAAUGUAUAAAUAAAAACGGGGAUACUAAUACACAAGAUAUAUGUGACAAAAGCGAAUCAAAUUUGUUAGCAAAUGAUAUUUAUAUAGAAAAUAAAUUAUUCGAUAACAAUAAAAAUAACGAUGGAUUAAAUUUUGAAAAUGACCAUUUUAAUUUUUUUAUAAAAGAUAUUAAAAAAUCAAAGAAUAAUGAUAAAUACAUUGAAGAGUUAGAUUGUCUAUUGCGUAAUAAUACUCAUAGGGAAUGUUAUAACUCUUUUGAUGGUACUAAUAAUGAGAAAAUUUUUAAAAAUAUAGAGAAAUUUGAAAGUUAUCAUAAAAAAUAUACAGAAGAAUAUAAAAAUAUAGAUUCCAUGUAUCGGUAUAUUAAUGAGAAAGCAAAUAAUUCAAAUGAGUUUGGAAGGAAAGACCAAAAAGAAGAUGCAAGAGAAGUGAAAGAAAGUGAUAUUGAAAAAGACGAAAGAAAAAACAAAGAAAUAUAUAACAUAAAUGAACCAGUUAAUUUUUUCAAUCCAAAAUCAAUACCACAUAAUAUGUUUAAAACAUAUAAUUCCAAUAAUAAAAAUAACAAACUUGACGAAAUCAAACGAGAGACUAUCGAUAAAAUAGAUGCAUUACCAACAGACACACAAAUGAGCAAAGGCAAUAAAAAUGGCGAUGAAAAAAUAUUAUGUAAUAAUGAUAAUAUUGGCAUAAGUAAUGAACAAGCUCCUCUCAAUGAUCUUAGUGAUAGUUAUAACACAAAAGAAUCAAAUGAAUCCGAAACAGAAAAAACUAAUGAUUCAGAAGACGAAGGGGGUGAAGAUCUUGAAAACAUUAUGUCUACUAUAUUGAAAUUACGAAAAAAGGAAUAA